AAACGUUGCUUUCAAAUAAGAGUAACGUAAACGUAGAACAUAAAAUAAGUCUGGUUUAACAACCAGUCGUCAACUUCCUUUCACAGAGUCAACAUUUUAAAAAAUAAUUAUUCUUAAACCAUAAUUUUUUUUUGAUAAUAUUGUCAUUUACUUUUUACGACUGAUUAAAACGAAUAAAUACAACCGAUAAAAAAGUGGAUUAAAAUUGCUUGUUUCUCGCUGGGACAAAACAAAUUUUAAUUACUCUGAUAUUGUGAUGAAAAAACUGGAGUGCCGGUUUUAUUGUGAGUCGACCGUGAGGAAUUUUUAAAAAUAAAUUUUUACAAAGACCGAAGAUCGAGAAUAAAGGAAAAAAAUAAUAAAGUUCAAGUUUAGGUUGAGAGUAACAAGAAAGUGAGUGAAAAAGUUUGCUGAGAAGAGCAACUUGGUAUGAUGUAUUUGUGUUCGAGUUCAAUGUCCCAGUGCCCGCAAACGAAAGUGACUUGGCUCGUGAAGAACAUCAGCCUUGUCCUCAUUCUUGUGCUUCUAGGGCUUCUUCGUACUCAUCCGGUUGUCUCAAGUCCCGUUCAAGUUCAACAUAACACUCAUCAGCUUCGUUACUGUCGCUUUGAGACGACUCAUAAGUUUUACACCGUCAACGAUUUGUUCAAAUGUAUUAAUGAGCUGGUACCCAGAACUAAACACAGAAAAUCGAGAUCGGCGGAUGACAAAGCUCAAUUGUUCAUGAGUUAUAAGAAUAAAGAUAUUGAUGAGAGCCAAUUUGUCCCGCAUGCUGAAGCUAGGACUUUUUAUACUGACUUUGUUGACAUAAAACGAGGACCUUUGCCAAGAAAUGAUGGGAACUACUACCAAUAUCCUGGACAAAUUUACCCUACAGACCCAAACCCACGGCCUGGAAUACUAGGAAUCAAUCUGCUAGAGGCAUUUUCAUCGAUAAAUAAAUACGACGACCGAAAAUGUGUCCACAGAAUAAUCUGCGAAGCUGCCUCUGGUGUUACACCCGGAAAUGUUGGAUUCAAACGUGCCAACUCUAUCUUCGGAAUCGGUUCGCUUAUCGAUUACCUUACAACGAGGACUUUUGACAUCUCAUCACCGUUGCUGACAUUCGGAAAAUCGGCGUUGAUGGGUUGGAACAACAGAGGAAAUCCAGACGUCUGCUACCAGAGAUACCCUCAGUGUCCUAGAAGCCAAAAUGAACUUAUUAGUUACUUGAAUAAUUACAACGGAGGGUUUUUCAGGUUUUUUAAUUAUCACAAUACAGGAAGUUACAAUCGUGGUUUGGAUGCAGUUGAUUCACAAAUGGUUUCUGAUCGUAAAGCAACGGGGGAACUUAAAUUUGAUACUCCUUCUUCAAGAACUGUUUUGGUUGAACGCAGCAAGAAAAAUGAUGAUCAUAAUAGAGUUGUCUUUCCAGAUCAGCAAUAUGUUAAAAUUUUGGACUAUACUGAUUCAGAUAAAUUUAAUAAUUCACCGGAAUCGUCGUUUUUUCCUCAGGAUAGGAAGGAUCAAAAAGUCGAGGAACUGGUAUACGAUUUUCACAGCGAUAAAUCAUCCCAAUCAGAAGAUAAAGAUAAAGACCCGUCGGCAGUGCCCAAAGAAUCACAACAGGCAUCUCGAGGGUCUCAUAAAAACCACGGAAAGCUCUAUCUGCCAACUAAAAAUACUCCUUAUUCAACUAAAAAAUUAUCAAGUUACACCUUUCCAGACGGGCAGCGUAUCAUGAUAGACACAACCUUCUCAAAAUUAUUUUCCAACAGCUACAAAAAACCUCUAAAACGAGGCCUCGUGAAUAAUGCGCCCCGGGCUAUCGACAUGGAGGGUUUGUACGUGAUUAAUCUGACGGAACUGUAUCCCACCGUCAAUGAUGACACUCGUCCAGUGGAGGAGCAAGUUAUUCAUCCUUGUGACGUGAUUUGUCAUGAUUCAAGAGGUACAGCUGUUCAAUUCACCCAGUUUGUUAAUUCUAAUGAUGAUAAUAGCAACAUAAACUCCAACUACGCCAGCGCUGAUAAAAAUAAGUUUCUCACCACCUUAAUGACACCUGAACACCCGAUUCUGGACUUAUCUAAGAGACUACCUUGCCAAAUUAUUUGCUUGAAUGCCCGCGGUCAAAGGCGACGUAUUACUACUACAUUUAAUAAAAUAAUAAGAUCCAAGCUUACAAAUAACCAAGAGGGUGGUUAUCAAUCAGGAAAGACUAAAAUUAUAAAACCAAGAUUCGUGGGUGAACCGAUUAUUUAUGAUAAACAUCCGAUUAUUCAAUUAUCUGAUUCUCCAGGGGUGCCAUUGUCGACGCUGCCGUGGGCAGGUGGGUCAGGUAUAGUUAACCCCUCAUGGGGACAGAGAUCACCGACAAUGCCAUCACCAUCGGAUGAUCCCGAUACACCAACCAAAGUAAUUGGAUCGCCAUUGUCAUUCGAAAAAGGCGACACUGUAAUUGGUGAUAAUCCACUUGCCAUCACCACAAAUAUUUCAUCGCCGAAUCAUCUUGCUAGCUCGGGAGGCUAUCCACUCGAUUAUUUUCCUAAUCUAAAGCAACAAUCACCGCCAGCGACGACAAUAACUAUCUGCAAUGGACGCAUCUAUAUUAUGCCCGCGAAUACCGUAUCUAUGCCGCUAUGCGCGACGAUCAUUGACAGCGAAAGCAUUUCGAACAGUCUUCCCUUGCUGAAGAAAGAAAAGAACAGUUGGGGAAACUACACACAUUUUUUUCAAGAACUUGCUAACUUGAGCAGAGAUGAUAAGUACAAUUUUGAUAACAAUCCGGAUAAUACGGAACUCAAUGAUUCAGUAGAAUCGGUUGGUUUUUUAAAUGAGCAUAUACCACCGCAAGAUUUUGGACUAGUGGAAGUUGAUACGACUACUGCUCACUAUCUACCGUCUUUUACUGAUCCUCCACCAGUUUCAGAAACUUCUCAAGAACCAAACUACGAGGAAUAUUCUUGUCUUGAAAAUGAGUCGUGGGAUGCCAAGAGCAAACAGUGUACUCCGACAACUCUGGACUCGGUGGACACCGAGGAGACAGAAGAUGAAAAUUCUGAUGAAUUUCAUAAGCUACCGAUCGGUCAACGAUCCACCAGACGACAGCGCAUUGUGAUAAAAACACCUCACGCCAAUAUGUACAUCCAAAGUAAUUAAAUGUUACAAAGAAAAUAAACUGAUGAUUAUGAUUCUGAUUGUAGAUGAAUAAAGUA